CUGUGUAAAAACCUGUCCUGCUAUGUUGGCGCUGUUUACCUCCCCAAUCCUGUGCUGUGGCCAGCUGGACAUAAACCAUAAUUCAGACAGUCUAAACUAUCCCGGAAAUACAAAUGUAAGGUAUUUUACAUUGAAUCAUUCACGGAGUUAUACAGACACAUAUAUUUUUAAUACUGUAGUAAAGGUGUCAUGAAUAAAGAGGUCAUGUCACGUGUGGUGAAGAAGAGGCAGGCGGACCCUAAAGUGGUCCAAUACGUGUGGGCCGCCAUUGAGGUCAUCCGCAACCAGAAACAAAUUGCCAACAUGGACAGGAUCUCAAAGUACCUGAGCCGUGUGUUUGGCAUGCACCCAAAGGAGACGGCCAGGCAGCUGAGUCUGGCAGUGAAGGAUGGCCUGGUCGUAGAGACUCUCACUGUAGGCUGUAAGGGGUCCAAGGCUGGCAUCGAACAGGAGGGCUACUGGCUGCCUGGAGACGAGCAGGAGCCCAAUGCCGACGGAAGCAAGACGGAGAAGGAGCCGCCAGAGGAGGAAUGGGAGGCGGAGAGCCACGACUGGUACUGCUUCGAGUGCCACCUGCCCGGAGACGUGCUUGUGUGUGACAACUGCUUCCGUGUCUAUCACCUAAAAUGCCUGUCUGAUGAGUACAAGCCCCGGGACAGUGGAUCCCACUGGCAGUGUGUGGUGUGCAGGGGUAGUAAAAAGAAGAACCUGAACAAGCAGGAGAUGUGCAGAUACCUGCGUUUUAUCAUUCAGCGCAUGAAAGAGAGGGCCGUGGACCUGAACAAGAAAGGCAAAGACACUCAACACCCGAUGUACAGAAGGCUCAUCCACACCACGCUGGACGUCACCAACAUUCAGGAGAACCUCACCGAGGGGAAAUACAAGAGCUUCGACGAGUUCAAGGCAGAUGCCCAGCUGAUCGUGCACAACACCGCCAUCUUGUUUGGAGUUCAUAGUGACCAGGCUGAAAUAGCGCGGUUGCUCUACAGUGACACAUGCCAUGAGCUGAACGAGUUGAUGCUGUGUAAGAACUGCUUCUACCUGUCCAACGCUCGGCCUGACAACUGGUUCUGCUACCCCUGUACUCCUAAUCAUGAGGUUGUGUGGGCUAAGAUGAAGGGCUUUGGCUACUGGCCGGCCAAGGUCCUGCAGAGAGAGGACCAGCAGGUGGACGUCCGCUUCUUUGGCCACCAGCACCAGAGAGCAUGGAUCCCUGCAGACAACAUCCAGGACAUCAAGGUGUCGGUGCAGCAGCUGCAGGUGAAGCGCAGCGCGAGCUGGAAGAAGGCCUGUGAUGAGCUGGAGCUGUCCCAAUGCUUUCAGAGGGAGGGCCGCUUCUGGAAAACCAAGACGGUGGAGAAGGUGGAGGAGAGGAGAGGAGACGGAGAGGAGAGGCUGACAGAGAGGCCGGAGGAGGCAGAGUACUCAAUCUCCUCCACCAGCAACAACAACGAACAGGUCAAACAUCAGAAAGCAGACAGACAGGCAGACCGUCAGCCAGACAGGCAGGAGCCUAAAGCAAAGAAAAGCCGUCGCAUUCAAGCUCCUGAGCCCAAAGAGGAAGCCACUGACCCGGAGCCUGAGAUGGAGGCUGUGAGCAGCAGCCAGGAGAUCCCCGUGACGACGCCCCACCAGCCAGAGAAGCUGUCUGUCUCCACGCAGACCAAGAAGGCCUCAGCCACCUCGCCACGCAGCCUACACCGCAGCACCCAGACCACCUCUGACGGAGCCUGCCAGAACAUGUGCCACGAGAAGUACACCAAGAUCUUCAACGAUGUCAAGGACAUGAUGAAGGCCGACAACAAGAGGGAGACAGAGCGCAUGGUCCGAGAGGCCCUGGAGAAGCUGCGUUCUGAGAUGGAGGACGAGAAGAGGCAGGCGGUGAGCAAGGCAGUGUCGGGGGGCCAGGCUGAGAUGGAGAGAAAGUGUAAGACGGUGAAGGAGAAGUGUAAGGAGGAGCUGGUGGAGGAGGUGAAGAAGAUGGUGGCCCAGCACAAGCAGCUCAUCUCCACCACCAAGAAGAAGCAGUGGUGUUAUAACUGUGAGGAGGAAGCCAUGUACCACUGCUGCUGGAACACCUCCUACUGUUCCAUCAAGUGUCAACAGGAACACUGGCACGCCGACCACAAACGCACCUGCCGCAGGAAGAGAUGAACAGCCCCCCCCCCCCAGCACACUUUCCCAUUGGCUCUCCCCCUGAUGUAACUUACCCAACCACGCCCCUAUCUGACUUCCUGAACACUUUUUGGACCGAAUAUAUGCGGGAAAAAAUUGCUAUUUUCAUUUUAUUUCAGUACUUUAUUUAAUAUACCCAGUGUAUUGAUUAAAAAAUAUAUAUAUAUAUUAUCAAGAGCAUGGCUCGAAUGAUUGUUUUUUAUUUUAUUUUUAUGAAGUGCUAAUUUGACCUAUGUUGCAGAAUGUGUUAUUUAAGUGUCUAGUAACAGAUGAACAUUAACUGAAAACAUUUUAUUACCUGCAUUUUUUUCACUUUUCUUACUGUUAAUGUUUAACAAUGACAGUCGAUCUUAUACCGUAAGUACUAUUGCAGCGUUGAAUAAGCUCUGCUUUCAUACAGAAAAUAUUUUUCAAAAUGCUGAAAAACAUGAGAAACAAAAUGUAAUUGUGAAAAAAGGAAAUGAUCCAUAAAAAUUUUGCAUGAUUUUAUCAUGAACAUAUUUUGGUAAAUAGCACCUUUUUAUUGUUUUUAUCCAUCUUCAAGUCUCUUAAACAUCAUUGGGAACAGGGUUAUGAAGUCGGCUAUAAAGAUGCUGACAAAUCUUCCCUUUGUUAUUAUGCACAUUUUGGGCUAGACAUUUUGAAUAUACUGUAAUUUUUAUGAAUUAUAGAAAAAGUUAUACAUUUCUUGGGAAUAUAUAGCAAUCUUUACUGAGCUGGAUCUUAGAGAGGUUCCUUCAUAAUUUUACAGUUUGCACAUUUAAUUUCAUGACCCAAAUGCUUUGUAAUAUUGCCAAAAAUGACAUUUGUUAAACCUUAUCUUAACAGAGAAAGUGAGUGCUGUUUUUUCCCCUCUAGUUUAUGGUUGGCGCCAGUGCCAUGGUUAUUGUGAUGUUCACUGUAAGUACGGUUUUAGAAUGCUCAGUGACUAGUUAGACAUUCACUGCUUAUGCUGUUGGUGGUCAGUGCCUGUUUUUUCAAAACUAUCCUCAUAUUCUGAGUAAAGAGCUGUGCAUGUUGAUAGUUUCACAUUUGUAUUACUAGAAAAAUAACAGAAGCUUGCAAAGUAUCUCGGUUUCCCCAUAGACAAUGAAUACGGAUGGACCAAUAUAAAAUAUGCAAAUAUCAACUGUGAUCAGGCUUAUCUUUUAGUACUUUUUAUUUUUUCUUACUGGAGUCUGAAUGGUGUGCAAUGUUAUUAUCCUUUGCUUAACUUGUCUUGGAUCAUUUCUUAAACGGUAAUGUAAUUGCCAAUUUUAUUUAGAACAGAAGUACUAACCAAGAGGCUACUUGGGAAGUCAGCCAUUAUUGUAAGUCCAUGUGACUGUUUCCUUAGUUAUGAAGAGCUGACUGAACAGAGGAAAGGUCAUCCCCUGCAUUCAUUUUAUUGCCUAGUUUUGGACACACGGUUUUCAAUGAUGGCAACACUCUCUUCCGUUAACUCCGACAAAGUGUAUCACUUUUCAGAGCUAACACAUUUGUAUUCGUUUGAACACGAUGACAAAUAAUGGCGUAGACGAUUUCUUUUCAAUCUCUUUUUCUCUUACCCUAACCCAUAGUCUGUUUUUAUUGUUUUUCAAUCAGAGAAGCAGUGUAAUGUUUUAGAAGUAAUGAACAAACUGCCUGAUUUGCCACGUAAUAAUCUGUUUAAUCCUGAUACACUUCCUCAGGAGACUGAACAGAAUCAUCCAUGCCCUGCACGAAUGCCACAAUCUUUCUCUCCCUGUCUCUCAUGGUGUUAACAAAAUCAUGUCAUGGUUGCACUACAUGUAAAUAAACUGGUUCCUUUACAACAUGCCAUUCUAAUGAGAUUAAAGGCAACACACACUGAUGGUGCAUUCUAAUUCAAGUAGUUCACCACUGGCACGCUGCAGGCAGUAGUUAACUCAUCUGCCCUCUAUUAGUAAGGCUAAGAGAGAGGACCAAUGUAAUUGGUUAUCAGAUUAAGCUGUUGAUAUGUUGCCUUGAAAACCAGUAGACCCCUGCAGUUCUUAACUGGUCAACUGUCUAUCUAUUACUGAGGUGAGUAUCACUGUCCAGACCUCAACCACUCCUCUUAACACAAAUGUUUGGUAUUCAUUGUUACGAAAACUUUGUCUGCACUUUGGAAAGUGUUGUUGCAUUGGAGGUAAAUCCGAUCUGAUAAUUGGAUUGGUUCACUGAUAGAGGAUGUAUUUGUCCAUCCCUGUAUGAAUGAGUUAUUUCCCUUUGUGGAAAUAUUUUAAUGUCAUUCACGUUUUAAAGUAUUUCUGGAAACUUGCAUGAGUACGAUGUGCGUAUUAUGUUCAUUUUUUCUGAUUUUAAAAGACCGUUACACUUCCUGAAAAUGAUGCAAUAUGACAAUGAUCUUUUCCCCUCAAAUUGCAUUCUAGCAAAUUCUCACUAUUUUCCGGCGAGAAAAGUCAAGUGUAACGUCUCACACAUGACUACAUCUAAAAACGUUCCCCCUGUCCAUAUGUACACUGUUAAUCAUGGCUUAAAGGUCGACUUUGGGCACGAAAAAUGGUCCGUCUCGUUCUCAAUUUUCAAACAGAAAUGGGGUGUACUUUUGGUGGUUAAUCGACGUAAUUCCAACGUAGCUAGUUCGUUAGCUAAGCUUGUCACUAGCCAAUAACUCAUCCAGUAUGUGUUGACGUCAUUUCACAGGAUUUGUUUUUAGACAGAAGCUGUAGACAUCGGUAAGACAUGGCAUUUCUGUAGCCAAACAAUUUUGAUCGUGCAUUGAUCAGUUAUACAGUUUGUUUUUGUCCAAACUCGACCUUUAAAAUGUUCUAUGCUACUGGCAUUUUAACGCUUUAGCUAGCAAUAUGUAUAUAAAUAUAUUCUAUGUGCUAACAUGGAUAAUAAAUGUAUCAAAAAGU